AUGCUGAAGAAUGAGAGAUACGACGAGGAAGACAGGCUCAAUGAGGAGAUCGAUUUCGCCGUUGACGUGAGGCUUGAAAAAGAGGAUUUUCAAAAAUUCGAAAGUAGCGAGAAAAAAGUUUUCAUUAGUUCAAAAACAAGUUUCUUUCACUAAAACCACUCCUCGCUGAAAACUUUAUUCAUCGCAACUUGUGAUUCCGUGGAGUGCUGUACCGCAGAAGCGGUCCUAGAGUGAUUUUUUCACUUCGAGCCGUUCUUGAGCGUCAAAUUUGGAGCAAAGUUAAUUUAUCAAUAACUUUCUUUGUCUAUUAGUUUACGGAUGAAGAUCAAAAAAUGUUGGCAAAAGUCGACUCCAUCAAAAUGAAGUUAUUCCCUCGGAACUGUUUUAACAAUAAGAACUGUAAAAACUCAGAAACGUUUAGAGCCCUGUGAGAUAUACUACCGUAUCAGGUGAAGCUCUGAGGUGGUUUGCAAACGGUUCAAACAUCACGCAAGCAGAGGGUUCGGUUUUUUGUGGCUUUAUCUUGAAAAUAUAAUUUUUUUUCAAUCUGUUAUGCAAUUAUUGCCCAAGAAAAUGCUUGUAGAUGAACUCAGCAUGAUAAAUAUAACCUCUAUUCUAAAUUGUAUUCCGAAGUUAAUUUUCAAAAAUUAGAAUGUCAGAAUCAAUUAGAAAGCUGUUCACUUCCAAAACUGACCUAUUGACAAAAAAAAGCUUCCUCCUCACUUAAAAAUCCUCAAUCACUUAAAAUCUUCAAUCACAUGCACUUAAAAUUCAUUUAAAUCACUUAAAAAUUUCAAAAAAACUUCAAUUAUCUAACUAAGCUUCAGAACACCUCGCCUCCUACUACUACAACUUCUCAACAACGAUUCUCGAGUUACAGUGGUCCAGGGACUUCAGACGCCGUUGGACUUUGUUGAACAGGUUGAAAAUUCUAGUUUUCUUUAGAACUUCCAUUUUCAACUGUGAAAUAACCCAUUUCUGCCUCGAAAACCUUCAAGAUCCUCAUUUUAUUUUUUUUCAAAGAAGGCAUUUUCAGCAUUUGGUUCUCGUUCAACAACGUCAUGUCCUUGUCCUACACAAGUGCUUUGAUUGCCCGAGAAAACAGAACAAAAUCCAUUGCGGAAGGGCAAAGAUUCGUCGGAUUGUUUCUGGGCACGGCUUCCAUAGGUGAAAAAUUCAAAAAGUCUGUUCAUUCAAUAACAACCUUCCACAGCAUUGUAUUUACUUGAAAAAUUGAGCUUCAAAAAGACUUUGAAGAAAUUGAAAAGCCAAUAAAGCAAAUCUUCAGGAGCAACCGUUGCCAGCAUCUACGUGGUCUUCGAAUUCCUGACGCAUUAUUUGAUCGUUCGCAGGAAAAGCAAAACGAAUACGAAUAAGAAAAGUGACUACGAGAAACUGAUAAGAAACAAGUAAAUUUUUGAUUCGAUCAAGAUAGGAAAAAAUGUAUAACUCAGGGAUCUCAUCAUUUUUCUACUUGCUACAAUCUACUGUGUGCUGAUAUUGGGAACCUGUGAGCGAUAUUUUGAAACAUUAAAAAAAUUAAACUUCAAAGAAAACUUGAUUAACAAAGCUUUGACGCUAAUUUUGAUAAUUUGAUAUCCAACAGCUUCAAAAAACUUAAAAUUGUCAUAAAUUAUAUUUAUUAAUCGAAUAGAACAUGGUUUUUCGUGACUAGGGGAAUAGGGCUAACCUCCGAAAUGAGCUCAGUCGGAGACACUGCAAUUUUCGAAUUUGAGUGCCUCUAACUUUUUUCAUAAACGGUUUUUGAUUCUAGAGUUGGAAGCAGCGUGAAAAACUAAAUCUAGUGAAGCCAGUCUUAUUCAGAACUACCACUGUAAGCUCAAUCUCUAUAAGAGAUGAUGCCUAAACUGACAAAAAAGGAGCAAAAUCACACACUUUAAAGAUUUCAGUAACGCUCUUGGCUCGGAAAAAGGACAAUUGGUCUUGGGAUCAAGCGAUUCGUUAUAUCAUUUGCAUCUGGAUUGGCGGUUACCCGCAGGAAAUGUACACGCCGAGAUCAAUUUACGCCGCCGAAGUGAGUCUUUAGAGAAUCAAAGUCUCGAUUUUCAACUUCCUAUUUUGAAACAGAGAGAAAACCGACCAGCACUCUAUUUUCAAUGGCUUAACGUCUCUCAAAACUAAAGUUACAUCUAAAAAUACAUUGAGAAGGGAUCUUGAAGUUCAUCUGUAAAAAAUAUCGAUAGUGGUAAAUCGGAUUAUAUUCUGACCAGUUUCUUGUGGCUCAAAAGUCAUAGCUACGGUUUGUUAAAUUUGCAAUUUUUUUUUUGCUCAAAGGCACAAGCGCAGUGGAAAAACAGGGUCUCUCUGACCUUGGUAACACGAAUCGGACGUUUUUGAGCAUUUCUAUUGACCACCUUGGUGGCGUUCGCUCUCUUAAGUGGUCCCUAGAACUGCUCAGAAACGUCCGGGGCGGGUCCGGUCUCCAUUACCGAGAUAUGAGUUAUUUAAAAUAGAAAAUAGAGCAAAUUUACCGCAAAACGCGCUUUUGGCGGGAGCUCAAAUUUCUCUUUUUCUUAAUAAUCAGGAAAAAAAAAAUAUAUUUUAUUCGAUACACAAUAAAAUGCAACGGCGUAUUUAUCUCAAACCGAAUUUUUUUUUGCUCAUAUGCCUUUGAUAAAUGCUACUUUAACUUCAAAUCAAAUCGGGCUCAAAUUUCAAAAUCGAAAAACCAAAUGAAAGCCUGAUGCUAUCCUUUCUAGAAAAAAUUUUUGGACACCAAAACUUCAUUUGAAAUUUUCUAAGGAGCAUUUUCAUGCUUCAAAGUUAUCAGUAACAACUUCAAUAAUAGAAAUGAAAAAUAUCACAAUAUCGUAAUUUCCGCCGCAAUUUUAUAACUGUCACGCCUUUCUACUCAAUCUCUACAAAAUCUAUCAACCCUAACCAUUUUCUCAACUCCAGAUGACCUUCCGAAGUCUGUCCCUUCAAAUCGCCCUCCAUUUCCACGUCUUCACUUGCCAAUCCCUUUUCCUUUUCACCAGCGUCCGAGCGAUCAACUCCAUCAUAACAGUUCGUUAUUUAUUAGUUUUUUUUAGAGCUAAACUACCAAGAUACAUGAUUUUACAGGCUCGCGAGAACAACUACCUGGAUUGA